UCCUUUCCCCCCGGGCCCGCCCCAGAACUACGGAGCGGGAUUUCCUCCGCUGUACGGUCUGGAGAGGAGGAUGAUUUACCGUCCCAGUCGAUUUCCAGAGGUGGGAGGCGUUUACUCCCCGUUCUGCCAAAACGAAGGGGAAUUUCUCCCAUCCGUGGCAGAACCCUGAAGGAAAGAUUUGUUUCUCCUUUCAUCUAAUCUGCCAGAGAGUGGAGUAACAUAUUCUUCUAUAACUGAUCUGUUAGCAGCAAAAGACUUGUUGUCUCAUCUCCAGUAUCGUUCCAGAGACUGAGGGACUUUAUCCUCAAACUCUCUGCUAAAGUCUGAGUAAUUAAUCCCGUAGUAGGGCCAAAACGAGAAGUUUUAGUUUUCUGUUUCUCUGCUCUUCCUCGGAGGAUCCACCAAGGAUGGGGGAUGCCGCUCUGUGUGCAAAAAUCCCACAGACUUGGGACUUGCUCUUUCCUCUCUCACUAGACCAAAUGACAUCAGUAUCAGGUUUUCCCCAAAGAUAGCCUAUUAACUAAAUUAUGUAAAAAGCUGCCUUCUGGUGUACUGGAAAAGGGAACUUUUUACACCAUCCAUAAUGACUGGAGAUUGCAGAAAUAUUUGGGCUUUGAUAACUUCUCUCUUUGCAACGGGUUUAUUCUUUUAGGGGGCUGUGGUGGGAUUGGGAAAACCGAAAAGGACAGUUGAAUUGCAGGAAAAUUCUAUGAAAACUAUGGACAAGUACUGUAAAAAGCGGGCAUGAAACAUUGCUGUUUAAGGAGGUUCCAUUUGGGCAGGGUACAAAUAGAAAUACUCAGAGUUCAAGGUAAGAGAUCAGAAAGAAAAAGACGUGGUUUUCUUACAUGGGUUGUUUAAGGAUACGAAGAAUUAUUAUUCUUAAUAGUAGUACUACUCUGUGGUGUCGUGCAUCAACAUGAGCCAGAACGCAAGACCUGCCAUGCUGCCUCAGAGUCCGUUUAGCCCCAUCGCCUGUUUUAAUAGCAAGUGUUAGCACAAGCUUGGGAAAAAGUGUAAGAAACAGAAUAAAUGCCAAGUGAUCUUUUCCUGGUAUAAUCUUCCAAAUUUAAGCAAUCAGUUGUUUAGAGACAAUCUGAGCAUAGAUUACAUUCGGACAAUCCUGCUUAAUGAAUAUAAGCAUGCACAUAUAUAUGUAUAUGUAUAAUGCUCUGGGUGUCGCUUGACUCUCUCCUCCUCCUCCUCCAUUAUUCAUGAGCAUGCUGAACCAACCGUGUGCUCCCCGCCAUUGCUAAUGUUUGGUUUGUACCCUUUCUUCCCUAUCUUUCUAUCUCGAAUUCACAAGAAGAUUAAUCCUUCUUAGCCUGUGACCAUUUAGUUUCCUUAAGAACCUUUAGUGAGGGAUGUUUUGCAAGGCUUUUAGAAAAUCUGAUUCCCCUGUGAGACCGAAUUGCCUGUAUUCAGGGUAGUUCUCUCUGUCAGAGAACUUAGAUUUAUAGGUAUGAAUUCAUCCCAUGGCUUAGUGACUCUCCCACAGCAUACCAUAUUCAUGCCUGCUAAUUCAGAUAUUUCUUUACAGUUUUCUACCAUUUUGCUUGUUAUGGAAAUCUGACUUCUGGUCUGUAAUUCCCAGGAUCGCUACUAAAGCCCUUUUUAGAGAUUUGUCACUUUCCAAUCCUCUGAUACUAAGAAAGGAAGUUCAGCAAUUUCGUAUUUGAGCUCCUUUAAAACUCUUGAGGGAAUAGUGUCUGCUUCUGGUGAUUUGUUGCUCUGGUAUAUGAACCUUGCUGACCUCCUCCAUAGUGAACAUCAGUGCAAAGAAUUAAUUUAAUUUUGCUGCUGUGUCCUUAUCUUCCUUAAUUCCUCCCUUUACGCCUUGAUCAUCUAUCAGCUAUGCUGGCUGACUGACAGGCUUCCUGCUUUUGUGUUUGGAAAGUUUUUAUUAGCUUUCAUAACUCAAACAAUUGUUCUUUGGAAUCUGUUUUGGCUUGCCUUAUUGUGGUUUUACAUUUCACUUGCUAGACUUGACGUCUGUUUCAAUUUCAUUGUUUGGAAACAACUUCCAUUUUUCUGUAGAUAUCUUUCUAUUUCAAAUAGCUUCCUUUUUUUCUGUUCUGUAUAUUUAGCUCAACCCUUGAAUCAGUGCCAUUGCACAGGCUUUAUGCCACCUGCAAGAAUUGUAACCUCUCACCUGCAGUGUCUCGUGCACGUCCACGUGCCGUCGCAGCACCGCCGUCCGGGCUCAAGCUCCCUAGGCCAGGCGGCAGGAGAAGCACAACUAACAUGGCAGCUCUGCCCAUGACCUUCUCCUGCAGCCUGGCAGGCUGCGGGCUCUGCUCUCUGCGAAGAGGGAUCCCGUAGCGGUGUGACCCUCGGUGUGUCGUGAUUUCUCUCUCAAGGCCGUACUAGAGACCCGUAUGCUUUUUCUCCCGGUCGUGCAGAUGCUGCUUAAAUUAGGGUUAAAUUCAUGUGGUUAAACAGGACUCUUACCAGGAAAGAAAAUGGUAAAAUGCAGUCCAGUAUGGAAGAGGGUAGACAAAGGAGAAGAAAAUUGAGGAAAGGAGAACGUUUUUUACUAGGUUUUUGAAAUUCUUAUUCAUAAAUUCAUGGCAGAGUUGUGAUGGUAACAAGAGCCGCCGUCGGAAUGGGAGAGGUCCCGUGUCUCUGGGAUCUUUGACACUGGUUGCGUUAGCGCAUCGUGCCUUUUGUUCAGUGACCCAUCUGAAUGCUGCAGCCGUGCGCUGGAAGUGUGCUCUUCGGUGGGAAGCUGAGGGCUGGUCCUGAACCCAGCUGUUCUCCUAACUCUUCUUUUCAUUUGUUUUCCAUCCUUAGGUAGUUUGUUACAUAAGAAACAGUACUUGGCUCUAGUGGUUAGAAAAGACAGAGAAGACCAUAAAACUUUUCUCUUUGCCCACAGACAAGUCAGAGGGGGGCACGGAGUACAUAUAAACUUGUGUGUUUUCCACUGGCAGGCCACCUAAAUGUAACUCGUCAUUUUUUAUAUAUUAAGCAACCUUGGCAAGUGCAGCUGUGUGUUUUGUAGAACACAAAAUGCGCCUAUCGUAUAAACUUGUUAUAUAUCAACUUUCAGUUGUCUGGAAUGAGAACGUGAGCUAAACAAUUGGGAAUGGCGACUGAAUUGGUACUGAACACAGAUUUUAAAAAAAUUAUUUAUUCUGUGCUAUGAAUAAACUUCUGGUUCUUUUGGUGUGUUAUUCCACAUUCUUCAGGAUUCCUGACAUGGUUCAUAUUUUUUCAUUUGCAGGCAUUAAUCUGGAGACUCUGCGCCACCUUUUUCCCGUCCGAGUAAGAACCAUCGUCCUUUCUCCGCUCAUUGGCGCUGGAUCUUGCCCCAUUAUCUUCACGUUUCUGUAUUGAGGUCCAAGCCGUACUGGGUGCAAUGAAAGCUCCAUGCAGGCCUUACCAUGGAGGGCUGUGACUCGCCUGUCAUCUCCGGGAAGGACAAUGGGUGUGGCAUCCCUCAGCACCAGCAAUGGACUGAUCUCAACAGCACCCACCUCCCCGACAAGCCCAGCAGCAUGGAGCAGUCCACAACAGAAAACCACGGGCCCCUAGACAGCCUGAGGGUCCCUUUUAAUGAGCGCAUCCCAGACAGCACCAACUCAGCCGGCCCCAGCACUGAGUCCACUAGCAAAGAGGUCAGCUGCAACGAGUGCUCGGCCUCCUUCGCCAGUUUACAGACCUACAUGGAGCACCAUUGCGCCAGCGCCCGCCCACCCCCUCCGAUGAAGGAGGAGAGUGGGAGUGACAGCAGUGAGGAAGGGGACGAAGAGAGUGAUGUGGAGAACCUGGCUGGUGAAAUCGUCUACCAGCCAGAUGGCUCGGCGUACAUCGUUGAGAGCGUCAGCCAGCUGAUCCAAAGUGGGGGAGCCUGUAGCAGUGGCAAUGGCAACGGCAGUGGGGCUCUUCCUUCGCUCUUCAUGAACUCUCUACCCAGCGCUGGGGGCAAGCAAGGAGAACCCUCCUCUGCCGCACCCGUCUACCCACAGAUCAUUAAUACUUUCCACAUAGCCUCAUCCUUCGGGAAAUGGUUUGAGGGCUCAGACCAGUCCUUCCCGAAUACCUCAGCCCUGGCGGGCAUCAGCCCCGUCCUGCACAGCUUCCGCGUUUUCGAUGUGCGACACAAAAGCAACAAGGAUUACCUGAACAGCGACGGUUCUGCCAAAAGCUCCUGUGUAUCCAAAGAUGUUCCCAACAAUGUGGACCUGUCCAAAUUUGAUGGCUUUGUGCUCUAUGGGAAGAGGAAGCCCAUCCUGAUGUGUUUCUUGUGUAAGCUCUCCUUUGGGUAUGUCCGCUCAUUUGUGACCCAUGCGGUACAUGAUCACCGAAUGACUCUGAGUGAGGAAGUGCGGAAAAUUCUUAGCAAUAAGAACAUCUCCGCUAUCAUCCAAGGGAUAGGCAAGGACAAGGAACCCCUUGUAAGUUUUCUGGAACCAAAAAACAAAACCUUUCAACACCCUCUUGUUUCUGCAGCUAACCUCAUAGGCCCUGGACACAGUUUUUAUGGUAAAUUCAGUGGCAUUCGAAUGGAAGGUGAACAGGCUCUCCAGGCCGGGACUGCCAGUGGAACAGAGCAGCCACAGUCAGGCAUCUUGGCACCUGGUGCACUCCUGAACCUUGGUGGGCUGACCAGCUCGGCUCUGAAGACUCCAAUUACCUCAGUCCCCCUGGGCCCGCUGGCUUCCAGUCCUACCAAAUCCUCAGAGGGAAAGGACCCUGGGGUAGCAGAGAGCGAGAAGCAAGAAGUGGGUGACCAGGAUAGCCUCUCGGAAAAGGCAGAGCCAGUUGAGGAGGUGGAGGAUGAAGAAGAGGAAGAUGCGGAGGAGGAGGAGGAGGAGGAAGAAGAGGAGGAAGAGGAAGAGGAAGAUGACGAUGAGGGUUGCAAAGGACUGUUUCCGAGUGAGUUGGAGGAUGAAUUGGAGGACAGGCCCCAGGAGGAAUCUGGGGCUGUGUCAGGCAGCAGCAGCAAAAAGGACCUUGCUCUCUCAAACCAAAGCAUUUCUAACUCUCCCUUAAUGCCUAACGUGCUCCAGACCCUGUCACGGGGCACAGCUUCUACUAGUUCUAAUUCUGCUUCUUCCUUUGUCUUUGAUGGUGCAAACAGGAGGAAUCACUUAAGCUUUAACAAUGAGGGCGGUGGAGCCAAUGUGGCAGAGGGCAGCAGGAGGCUGGACUUUAUCGAUGAAAGUGCCAAUAAAGACAAUGCCACAGCACCAGAACCAAAUGAGAGUGCAGAGGGCGAGGACGGGAGCUACAUCUCCCAUCACCAGCAUGCUGGCCCCCUCUGUGAACUUGGGGGUGGGGAGUGCCCCUCGGGGAGUGGCGUGGAGUGCCCAAAAUGUGACACUGUCCUGGGCUCCUCGCGGUCGCUAGGUGGCCACAUGACUAUGAUGCAUUCUCGCAACUCAUGUAAGACGCUCAAGUGUCCCAAGUGCAAUUGGCACUACAAGUACCAGCAGACGCUUGAGGCGCACAUGAAGGAGAAACAUCCCGAGCCGGGUGGCUCAUGUGUCUACUGCAAAAGUGGACAGCCACACCCGCGGUUGGCACGGGGUGAGAGCUACACUUGUGGUUACAAGCCUUUCCGCUGCGAGGUCUGUAACUACUCCACUACUACCAAAGGCAACCUCAGUAUUCAUAUGCAGUCUGAUAAGCAUCUCAACAACAUGCAAAACCUGCAGAACGGAGGGGGAGAGCAAGUCUUCAGCCACACUGCUGGGGCAGCCGCGGCUGCAGCAGCAGCUGCAGCUGCAGCAGCAGCAAAUAUUGGUAGCACCUGUGGGGCCCCCUCCCCCACCAAACCAAAAACCAAACCGACAUGGCGGUGCGAGGUGUGCGACUAUGAGACCAAUGUAGCUAGAAACCUUCGUAUUCACAUGACCAGUGAGAAGCACAUGCACAACAUGAUGCUGCUUCAGCAAAAUAUGUCCCAAAUCCAACACAACCGGCACUUGGGCCUCGGUAGCCUGCCAUCCCCUGCUGAGGCAGAGCUCUAUCAGUACUACCUGGCGCAGAACAUGAAUCUUCCCAACCUGAAGAUGGACAGCACUUCCUCUGACGCACAGUUCAUGAUGGGGGGAUUCCAGCUGGAUCCCACCAAUCCAAUGGCAACAAUGGCUCCAUCUCUAGUGGGUGGAGAGAUCCCCUUGGACAUGCGGUUAGGUGGCGGACAGCUGGUAUCUGAGGAGCUAAUGAACUUGGGUGAAAGUUUCACACAAACAAAUGACCCAUCGCUGAAGCUCUUCCAGUGUGCUGUGUGCAACAAGUUCACUACAGAUAAUCUGGACAUGCUGGGCCUCCACAUGAACGUGGAGCGUAGCCUCCCUGAAGAUGAGUGGAAGGCAGUGAUGGGGGACUCAUACCAGUGCAAGUUGUGCCGCUACAACACGCAGCUCAAGGCAAACUUCCAACUCCACUGUAAGACGGACAAGCACGUGCAGAAAUACCAGCUGGUAGCACAUAUCAAGGAGGGUGGCAAGGCCAAUGAGUGGAGGCUGAAGUGUGUGGCCAUUGGGAAUCCUGUACAUCUGAAAUGCAAUGCUUGUGACUACUACACCAAUAGUCUAGAGAAGCUGCGUCUCCACACGGUGAACUCGAGGCAUGAGGCCAGCCUGAAGCUCUAUAAGCACCUUCAGCAUCAUGAGAGUGGGGUUGAGGGUGAAAGCUGCUAUUACCACUGUGUCCUCUGUAACUACUCGACCAAGGCCAAGCUGAACCUCAUCCAGCAUGUGCGCUCCAUGAAACAUCAACGGAGUGAGAGCCUACGUAAGCUGCAACGCCUCCAGAAGGGUCUCCCUGAAGAAGAGGAAGACUUGGGACAGAUCUUCACCAUCCGGAAGUGUCCAGCUGCUGAUGCUGAAGAAUCCAUUGAAGAUGUGGAAGGGCCCAAUGAAACAGCUGUUGAUGCUGAAGAGCCUGCCAAAGAGCAAGAGAGUGGAGGGGACAAGGACCAGAGUAAAUGGACAGCACCAGCCAGCCAGGCAGAGAAGGAGCUGACAGAGCCUCCAGCAUCCUCUAAACGCAUGUCAUUUCCCAGCAGCUCUGAGUCACCUCUCUCCUUUAAAUGGUCAAAAACUUCAGAGGAGACCAAAUCAGAGCAGAUGUAUCAGUGUCCAUAUUGCAAGUACAGUAACACAGACGUGAAUCGGCUGCGGGUACACGCCAUGACCCAGCACUCAGUGCAACCCAUGCUCCGCUGCCCACUCUGCCAGGACAUGCUGAAUAACAAGAUCCAUUUGCAGCUGCACCUCACACAUCUGCACAGUGUGUCACCUGACUGUGUUGAGAAACUCAUCAUGACGGUGACAACACCUGAGGUGAUGAUGCCCAGCAGCAUGUUUCUCCCAGCAACUGCUCCGGAUAAAGAUGGGAACUCCAAUACCGAGGAACCGGGGAAACAGCCUGAGAUCUCUGAGGACUCGGGAAAGAGCCUUUUGUCAUCUGAAAGUGCAGAGCACAGUGGAGAUCCCAAGCCAGUUCCAGCUGAUCAUAGCUCGGCCAGGGAGGAUUCUGGUUUCCUUUGCUGGAAGAAGGGAUGCAACCAGGUGUUCAAAAGCUCAGCAGCCCUGCAGACACAUUUCAAUGAAGUUCAUGCAAAGCGGCCUCAGCUACCGGUGUCUGAUCGCCACGUCUAUAAAUACCGUUGUAACCAGUGCAGCCUGGCGUUCAAAACCAUUGAGAAGCUGCAGCUCCAUUCUCAGUACCAUGUGAUCCGAGCAGCUACUAUGUGCUGCCUCUGUCAGCGCAGCUUCCGAACCUUCCAGGCUUUGAAGAAGCACCUGGAAACCAGCCAUCUGGAGUUGAGUGAAGCUGACAUUCAGCAGCUGUAUGGUGGUCUUUUGGUCAAUGGGGACCUCCUUGCGAUGGGCGAUCCUUCACUUGCUGAAGACCACACCAUAAUAGUUGAGGAAGAUAAGGAGGAAGAGAGUGACUUGGAAGAUAAGCAGAGCCCUACAGGUAGCGAUUCUGGGUCGGUGCAAGAGGACUCUGGCUCAGAACCGAAGAGGGCCUUACCCUUCAGGAAAGGCCCUAACUUCACUAUGGAGAAAUUCCUAGAUCCAUCUCGCCCUUACAAAUGCACAGUCUGCAAGGAGUCUUUCACACAAAAGAACAUUCUCCUGGUCCAUUACAAUUCAGUUUCUCAUCUGCAUAAAUUGAAAAGAGCCCUCCAGGAGUCUGCUACUGGGCAACCUGAGCCUACUAGCAGCCCAGACAACAAACCUUUUAAGUGCAACACCUGCAGUGUGGCCUACAGUCAGAGCUCUACCUUGGAGAUCCACAUGAGGUCUGUCCUGCACCAAACCAAGGCUCGUGCUGCCAAGCUGGAGGCAGCUGGGGGCAGUGGCAGUAGUAAUGGAGCUGGCAAUAGCAGCAGCAGCAGUCUCUCCUUGGGUUCAUCCACGCCAAGUCCAGUGAGCACUAGCAACAGUAAUACUUUUACAACCACCAACACAAGUAAUUCGGGCGUGACUCCCAUUCCCAGCCUCCUCAACCAGAUAUCCAGCGACAGUGUGGGAAUUCCUCCCUUAGGCAACCCUGUUAGCACUAAUAUCUCCUCUCCUUCUGAGCCCAAAGAGGUAAACCGGAAGAAGCUGGCAGACAUGAUUGCAUCCAGGCAGCAGCAGCAGCAGCAGCAGCAGCAACAGCAGCAGCAGCAGCAGCAGCAAGCUCAAACCUUGGCACAGGCCCAGGCCCAAGUCCAGGCCCAUCUGCAGCAAGAACUGCAGCAACAGGCUGCUCUCCUGCAGUCUCAGCUGUUCAAUCCAGCACUUUUGCCGCACUUUCCGAUGACCACUGAGACCCUUCUGCAGCUUCAGCAACAGCAACAUCUUUUGUUUCCUUUUUACAUCCCCAGUGCCGAGUUCCAGCUUAAUCCAGAAGUUAGCUUGCCUGUCACCAGCGGUGCGCUGACGCUGACCGGUACAGGGCCAAGUUUACUGGAGGACCUGAAGGCUCAAGUUCAGCUCCCACAGCAGAGCCAUCCGCAGCUCUUACAACAGCAGCAAGGUCAGCUGUCCUUGUCACAACCUCACUCUGUCCUUAUACAACAGAGCCAGCACCCAGAGAAGAAAAAUAAAUCUGCAGUGAAGGAGAAAGAAAAAGAAGCCCCAAGGGAAAGGGAAAAUACAGAGAGGGGAGACAAUAAUGCAGUGUCUAAGGAGCCUCUGCCUGAUAACUUAAAGGCCAAAGACAAGAAGGACUUUGCACCAGGCAAUAACACAGAGCCCUCUUUACUUCCUCCACGUAUUGCAUCUGAUGCGAGAGGGAAUGCCACGAAAGCCCUGCUGGAAAACUUUGGCUUUGAGCUCGUCAUUCAAUAUAAUGAGAACAAGCAGAAGGUGCAGAAGAAAAAUGGGAAGACAGAGCAAGGUGAGAACUUGGAAAAGCUUGAAUGCGAUACAUGCGGCAAGUUCUUUUCAAACAUCCUCAUUCUGAAGAGUCACCAAGAGCAUGUUCACCAACAUUACUUUCCCUUUAAGCAGUUAGAGAGAUUUGCCAAACAGUACAGAGAACACUAUGAUAAACUGUACCCGCUAAGGCCUCAGACCCCAGAGCCACCGCCACCACCUCCGCCUCCCCCACCUCCACUCCCUCCAGCACCUCCUCAGCCAGCUUCUACUCCUACCAUUCCUACUUCUGCCCCACCUAUUACCUCUCCUACGAUUGCACCAGCCCAGCCGUCUGUGCCACUCACCCAGCUCUCUAUGCCAAUGGAGCUCCCCAUCUUUUCACCACUUAUGAUGCAAACCAUGCCACUACAAACGUUGCCUGCUCAGCUGCCACCCCAGCUUGGUCCCGUGGACCCUCUGCCUGCCGACCUGGCCCAGUUGUACCAGCAUCAGCUCAACCCUAGCCUUCUCCAGCAGCAGCAGAACAAGAGGCCACGCACACGGAUCACUGAUGACCAGCUCAGAGUCCUUCGUCAGUAUUUUGAUAUUAACAAUUCCCCAAGUGAGGAACAAAUCAAAGAGAUGGCGGACAAGUCUGGAUUGCCCCAGAAAGUGAUCAAGCACUGGUUCAGAAACACUCUGUUCAAAGAACGCCAGCGCAACAAGGAUUCCCCAUACAACUUCAGUAAUCCUCCCAUUACCAGCCUGGAGGAACUGAAGAUAGACUCACGGCCUCCUUCUCCAGAGCCUCAAAAGCAGGAGUACUGGGGAAGCAAGCGAUCCUCCAGGACACGCUUUACUGACUACCAGCUCAGAGUCCUGCAGGACUUUUUUGAUGCCAAUGCUUAUCCAAAGGAUGAUGAAUUUGAGCAGCUUUCUAACUUGCUGAACCUCCCAACCCGUGUCAUAGUGGUGUGGUUCCAGAACGCCCGUCAAAAAGCUCGGAAAAACUACGAGAAUCAGGGAGAAGGCAAAGAUGGGGAACGGCGGGAGCUUACAAAUGACAGAUACAUUAGAACAAGCAACCUGAACUACCAAUGCAAAAAGUGCAGUCUUGUCUUUCAGCGCAUUUUUGAUCUUAUUAAACACCAGAAAAAACUUUGUUACAAAGACGAGGAUGAGGAUGGACAGGAUGACAGCCAGAAUGAAGAUUCUAUGGAUGCAAUGGAGCUCUUGACUCCGACCAGUUCCUCCUGCAGCACACCAAUGCCCUCACAAGCUUACAGCACGCCUACGUCUUCAGCUAACGCAGCCUCUUCAGCUUUUCUGCAGCUCACCGCUGAGGCAGAUGAUUCCUCCACCUAUAGUUCUAAAGUAGAAGCUACAGAUGAGAAACCAAAGCAGUCUGAACCUCCAAGUACACAGCAAAACCAAACUCAAGAGAAGCAAGUGCAACCAAAGCAAGAGUCUCAGCAGCAACAGGACCAAGGAGAACAAAAGACAAACUCAGCACACCAAAAGAUUUCACAGUUAUCCUCCCCUUCUUCAUUGCAGCAGCCGCCUCCCCCUCCACAACCCCCUCAGUGUUCCUUGUCGCAGUCAAGCCCAAGCCCAUCUCAGCUCUCACAUCUCUCCCUCAAACCCAUUCACACAUCGACCCCUCAGCAGUUGGCAAACCUACCUCCUCAGCUAAUCCCAUACCAGUGCGACCAGUGUAAGCUGGCAUUUCCUUCCUUUGAGCAUUGGCAGGAGCAUCAGCAGCUUCACUUUUUGAGUGCGCAAAAUCAGUUUAUCCACCCCCCAUUCCUGGACAGAACGCUGGAUAUGCCUUUCAUGCUUUUUGAUCCCAGUAAUCCACUACUUGCGAGCCAGCUGCUAUCUGGAACAUUACCACAGAUUCCAGCAAGCUCAGCCACUUCACCAUCAACACCAACAUCCACAAUGAACACACUGAAGAGAAAGCUGGAGGAAAAGGCCAGUGCAAGUCCAGGAGAGAAUGACAGUGGGACCGGAGGAGAAGAACCACAAAGGGAUAAACGUCUAAGGACAACGAUUACCCCAGAGCAGCUGGAAAUUCUUUAUCAGAAAUACUUGCUUGACUCCAACCCAACGCGGAAAAUGUUGGAUCACAUUGCACAUGAAGUGGGCUUAAAGAAACGUGUGGUGCAAGUUUGGUUUCAGAACACCCGCGCACGGGAAAGGAAGGGACAGUUCAGAGCUGUAGGGCCCGCUCAAGCCCACAGACGGUGUCCUUUCUGCCGAGCUCUCUUUAAAGCAAAGACGGCUCUUGAAGCUCAUAUCCGAUCCCGUCACUGGCAUGAGGCCAAGAGAGCUGGAUACAACUUGACUUUGUCUGCUAUGCUCUUAGAUUGUGAUGGAGGACUCCAAAUGAAGGGUGACAUCUUUGAUGGCGCAAGCUUUUCCCACAUGCCACCAACUAGCAGUGAUGGUCAGGGUGUUCCUCUCUCCCCAGUGAAUAAGAGCAUGGAACUGUCGCCUCGAACUCUGCUGAGUCCGUCCUCCAUUAAGGUAGAAGGGAUAGAAGACUUUGAGAGUCCCUCCAUGUCCUCAGUCAACCUGAGCUUUGACCAAACAAAGCUGGACAACGAUGACUGCUCUUCUGUCAACACUGCAAUCACAGACACUACAACAGGAGAUGAAGGGAACGCAGACAAUGACAGUGCAACAGGGAUUGCAACCGAAACCAAAUCAGCAUCAGGACCCAGCGAAGGUUUGACAAAGGCUGCCAUGAUAGCAAUGUCUGAAUAUGAGGAUCGGCUGUCUUCUGGCCUAGUCAGCCCAGCUCCCAGCUUUUACAGCAAAGAGUACGAUAACGAAGGUACUGUGGACUAUAGUGAAACAUCCAGCCUUGCAGACCCCUGCUCACCCAGCCCUGGUGCAAGUGGUUCAGCCAGCAAGUCUGGAGAGAGUGGGGAUCGGCCCGGACAGAAACGCUUUCGCACUCAGAUGACUAAUCUCCAGCUAAAAGUUCUUAAGUCAUGCUUUAAUGACUACAGGACACCUACCAUGCUGGAGUGUGAGGUCCUGGGCAACGACAUUGGACUGCCAAAGAGAGUUGUUCAGGUCUGGUUCCAGAAUGCUAGGGCAAAGGAGAAGAAGUCCAAACUCAGCAUGGCCAAGCAUUUUGGUAUAAACCAAACAAGUUAUGAGGGACCCAAAACAGAGUGCACUUUGUGUGGCAUCAAGUACAGCGCUCGACUGUCUGUACGUGACCAUAUCUUCUCUCAACAGCAUAUCUCCAAAGUUAAAGAAACCAUUGGAAGCCAGUUGGAUAAGGAAAAGGAGUAUUUUGACCCAGCUACUGUACGUCAGUUGAUGGCUCAGCAGGAGUUGGACCGGAUCAAAAAAGCCAAUGAGGUUCUUGGUCUGGCAGCUCAACAGCAGGGCAUGUUUGAUAAUACCCCUCUGCAAGCUCUUAAUCUUCCUGCUGCAUACCCAGCACUACAGGGCAUCCCUCCAGUCUUGCUCCCAGGCCUCAACAGCCCAUCCUUACCAGGCUUUACUCCAUCCAACACAGGUGGGUAUGGAUAUUCUCACACUGCUCAAAGUCACAACUUAACUUCGUGCACCUUUAGGACAAGUGGACGUUCCCUUGAGAACGUCUGACGAUAGGCUACCCGGCCCUUUAGUUGAGCACGUUUACUUGGCGAGGUAUGAGCAAUAGAUAUUUUAAAGUUAUAUUGAAGGUAUAAGCAAUAGGUAUUCUUUAAUUCCUGAAUUCAGGUUUUUCUAGCAAAGUCUGAAGCAGAGCAAGAUCGAGACAUGCUUCGUAUUUCUGUUUCCUUAGCGCAGACUAAAAAAAUCUGAAGCACCUUCAAGGAAAUGGUAAACAGAGGAUUUAUCAAACAGAACAUGAAAAGGACAAAUGUGCUGAAUGCAUUGUUCAUUGUAUCUUUCCUUUUGAUAUUAAAUUCAGUUUUAUGUAAUGCCAUCCCGAAUUCUGAACUGUUUCUAGGGAAAAGUGUGAUGUAUCUCAUAGCAGCGGUGACAGAAACCUGGAAGAUCUUUAUGUAAUGUCCUUAUAGUAGCCUCCAAGACAAGCCCUGUGUCUGGCCAUGCAGCUGUGGGUUGUUUUCUUUAGCAGUGGCUGGCAUUCAGAUCUGAAAAUACCUUCUCAGCCAACAACAACAUAGUCACGGGACAAAUACUCUUUGUAUUUUAAUAUGAUUUUUCUAACAGUACUUCAGAAAAAUGACAUUUGGUGUAGUCCUUUGGGUAGCCUAAUCCCAGAGAUUAGACACUGUUUUGUUUUGGGUUUUUUUCCUCCUUUCCCGUGUACCUGGUAGAGGGUGGAAGGGAUAUGACGCAUAGCAAACACUGACGGUGCAGGGUACUGCUCAGUAGUCUAGCAGUGACCUAGAAAACUUGAUCCAAGGGCCUUACCUCUGGCGCAUCUGUGGUAUCCCAGAGUAUCUAUCUGAAUUGCAACUUGUGAAAAAGUAAUUCAUGUUCUCUAGGAGGCUUACUUUUGCUUGGCAGACUUGUGUGUUUAUUUCUGAUGAUCCUGAUGGCUAUGACGGUUGACUUUCACCAGGGCCUCUCCACGUUUACAGAGAUAUCCCUACAACUGAUUCCAGUAUCUUGUCUAAGCGACAGACUGAAUCGGUCUCAGGUUGGAAAGCCUGUUAUGCCAUAGCGCCUGGGAGCAUUACGCCAUAUCCCAGUAUACAGGGAUACAGGUCUAAUGCUAUUAGACAGUGUCCUGAAAUGAUGACUUUCUCUCAUUGUACUGAACUAAUUAGCUAACGAAGAGUUAUAAUUUGUAGUGUGAAGUCUAGAUAGGAUCUGAGAAGUCUGGAUAGGCUUCUUUGUCAGAAAUCAGUGAUAUCAGUCUCCAUUCAAACUUUCUGAUGCUUUUAGUCAGCAGGCUGCCUCUUAAGUUCCUUUUCUGACAGAUUGAAAAACGCACUGCAAAUGCUGCCAGGUAACGUGUUUGUGUCAUGUUAAUAAAGCAACCUUUUUAUUUGUCAUCCAGGAGGUAAGUCUUAGAAUAAGUAAAUCAAAACCUUAGACAGCAUUCUGCUUCAAAAGGAGACCAGCUGGCACAAGCAGUUGUGUGGGACCUGAGCAGCUCAUCUGAUGUUUGCAGAGUGGGUUGGCUGCAGAGUUGUUCCCCGUAAUCCCAGUACUAGAGCCUGAAGUUAGCAUGUUGCUGCAUUGACAUUGUGGUAUGGCAUCCGAGAGAGAGAGCACCAGAGACCCAUGUCUCAAAACAAGCAUCAUUUUCUGACUGUGGAGGGAAAGUGGCUCUCUUCACCUUUUUCUCCAUCUCUGCUCGUCUCUGGAAUGUCUGCCGUUGACAAGACGAGAAAGAGUUAAGUCUCAGUGUAUUUGGUGGGUUUCAGCCUGUCCAAAGGUGAUUCUCUCUCUUGGAGUAAGACCCUUUGUUCCUCCGAAGCAGCAGAGGGGAAUGCCUUGUAGCAUGGUUGCUGAUGCUCGUGUGAGAGCGUCCUAUUGGAGAGCAUAAGAGAUCGGAGCAGAUUUUUUUUUUUGAAUCUGGCAAAGCUGGGCCGCUGCGAGCCUUUUUUGCAUAGUUACAGAACUCUUUUUUUCCUCAAAGAAGGUAAAGUGGUUCUUGAC